UUUUGCGAGUAAAUUAGUCUUAGAAUGACGGAAUGCAUCGAAACACAGCUGGAUGUCUUCUUCUCAAAGUUGCACAAACAAUUGAAUUACUAAUAGUCUUAAUUUUUCCUUUGAAAUCAGAGUACAACUCAACUGACGCUAAUAAUGCGCGUGCUCUCUCACCUUCUCAUGCUAUAGCUGGAGUCCAUGCCCCAUUUGAUACUUAUGGAAUGGAACAAAUCAAUUGAAUCAUUCAUUUUAUCAGCUAUAUACAUGUGCAAAUACUAAAACUCUACUGGUUUUUUUUAUACCCGAUACUGAUCGGUGAUCAGCAUACUUCUAGCCAGCUUCCAAGAUGGCAAAUUCUUCAGGUCAUUUAACUAAAAGUAUGAAGAGACUUGAAUCCAGAAAGUCACAUUCAUGGUGGUGGGAUAGCCACAUCAGCCCCAAGAAUUCAAGGUGGCUAGCAGAAAAUGUUGAGGAAAUGGAUCGUAGCGUCAAGCAGAUGCUGAAGCUGAUUGAAGAUGAUGGAGAUUCAUUUGCAAAAAAGGCUGAGAUGUAUUAUCAGAGGAGGCCAGAACUUGUGUCUCACGUUGAGGAGUUCUACCGCAUGCAUCGCUCUUUGGCAGAGCGUUAUGACCACUUGACAGGAGAAUUGAGGAGGAAUAUUCCAUCUGACCUCCAAUCUCAGGGUUCUGACAUUUCUGAUAUUACUUCUGAUCCACCCUCGAAUUGGCCAGCUUCAGACCAAAGGCUGAGUCGUCGUAAAUCUGGCCCACGAGCUGCUGGUUUUAGUGUCUUCCUUGGUUCUGGUGGGAGUGAUGUGUACCAGAAAGAAGAGGACGAGUUAUCUACUCGAACAGAUUCUGAAACAGAAUCUGAUGCUUCCUCAGUCAAUAAUUACUCAGUUUUAUCAGGGAAUGGGAGUGAUCAAGGGUUGAACAGGAAAAUGGUCGAGUUGGAGAUUGAGCUCCAUGAAGUGAAACAGAAGCUACGGAUGCUAGAGGAAGAAAAUACAGAUGGCUCGGUAAGAGGGACAAAAAAUAAUAAUUCUGAACUUCUUGCUAGAAUUAGGGAGUAUGAGGACAAACUUGAAAUUGCUAACAGAAAAAUACAGCUCACUGAAGAAAAAGUCACCCGGUUGAGGAUCGAGCUCCAAAAAUAUAAACCACUAGAGGCAGCUGACUCGGAUUCAUCUGAAGAAGGAAGUGUCAAGAUGCACAAGACAGAGCAGAUUGAGGUAAAUCAGGCUUUAAUGGAUCUUGAAAGUAAGAAUGGUAUAUCUGAGAAAGAUAAUAAACAUGCAGAUGGCAAGAUGCAAGAACUUGUGGAAGAAUUAACCAUUACUAAAGAAGUGCUCCAGGGUUCUGAGAAAGAAAUUGCUAGUUUGAAGCUGGAGAAGAAGCAGUCUUAUGAAAAAAUUCAAAAGCUGCAGGGUCAGCUUGAUACGGCUCAAAGGGAGAUAGUCACAUGGAAAUCCAAACUGAAUACAGAGAAAAGAGAGGUUUCCAAGCUGCAGGAUAGAAUUGCAAUGUUAAAGAAUAGUUUAUCAGACAGGGAUCAUGAGAUCCGGGAUUUGAAGAUAGCUGUAUCUGAUGCCGAGCAGAAGAUUUUCCCCGAAAAGGCUCAUAUCAAAGCUGAAAUAUCAAAAUUGUUGGAGGGACGAAUUUGUUUGGAAGAACAGCUCAGGGAUUGGGAAGCACGUGGCCGGUCCUUGGAGGAGGACAUCAGAAAAGCUGUGAAUGAUAAAAGAGAAUCAGAGGAGACGCUUCGUGGUGAAAUUGAGCAUUUAAGACUGGAGAUUGCUGAGAGAAGCGAUUGCAUUAAAGUUUUGAAUGAAAACCUUGAGACUUUAAAAGCUGAGAGGGAUGUGCUUGAGAAUAAUAUUGUAUCACUCAGAGCAGAGAUUAGUUCUAGGGAUAAUCAGAUUGUUGAAAUGGACAAGCAUCUCCAAGAAUUAAAUGUGGAACAUGGGGAGCUAAUUGCUAGCGCUGAAGGAGCAAAUAAAUUGGUGGAGGAACUGGAAUCAAAAGCCAAGGAACUAGAGGAUGUGAUUGAGAGGCAAAGAAUCAAGAUACUGGAGGGAGCAGAAGAGAAAAGAGAAGUUAUAAGGCAGCUUUGCUUCUCCCUUGAGCAUUACCAGGAUAGGUAUCAUUGGCUUCGGCAAGCAUUUAUGGGCCAAAAGAGAGUAACAGUUUUGACAACAUGAAUAUGCAAUGCUACAGAGCACCAUUUCGUUUUACUUAGUUCAAUUAUUUUGUUUUGAGUGAAGUAUCUAGAUUAUCGCACAUGUCCCUGAAGGUGCCUUUGUCAUCUCCUGCGUGUUUAAUGAUAGUACAGUAAACAGAAGUUCCAUUUUAGAUGGAAUAUCACAGGUUUGCUCACAAUGCUAGCGCCAAGAAGAUGCUCGGAAUGUCGGAUCCGGUUGCAUUUAAAAUAUGGCAGUUCUGCAUUGUAACUUUCCGCUUUGUAGACUCCUUGGUCAAAUCAAGCGGCUCCUUGCUUACCAUGCUCGCACGUACCCGUGGCUUCAUUGAGGAAUAAGUCAUUCCCUUUUGUGUGAUUUAAGCUUUGGUAGUCCUUGCUCUCACUUCUGUCCUGUUUGCCCGUAACUCUCUUGACGGGAGUUGUCUUGUGGUGUUUAGCCACUUUUCUAUACCGAGUUUAAUCGGUUUAUUUAUUUUUGUAUUGUUUUAUGUACUGAAUCAAAAUAAUUAGUUGAUAUAAUAUAUAGACAUUAAUGUA